AUGAGCUCUGUUGACUCAAAUCCCAAUUUUAGUCUGACCGAUCUGAUCGACAGAGAUUUACGAUUCCACAAGCUGAAAGAGAAGCUAUCGGAGCACAACCAGAACUCAAAAGAAUACCUCACAGCUUUGUACAAUGCGAUGCCCUUAAGUGGCCAUGUCGAUUACCCCGUGUUUUUGGAGCAACAGGCUGUUCCAGUUCCCGGAUCGAGACGGCCCGGAUAUAGUCCCACCUAUAGGAACGCGCUGAGUCCCGACCACUUGGUCUCGUCUAUCAGCCCACGAUUAGCAACCUUCUUUGAUAUAUUUAACUUUACGACAGAGCGGUGUCCGGAGAACGAUUGUCUCGGCGCAAGGGUCAAACUUGAUGAGACUGCAAAGUGGGGCUCAAAGUAUGUGUUCGAAACGUAUAGCGCAAUACAGGAGCGCAGUCGUAAUCUGGGUAGCGGUAUCAUGACCCUUGUCAAUUUCAAGCGCAAGCAAGCAGCCAAUUGCAAUGAUUUCAUUGUAAGUUUACUCUCUACAAAUCGUAAAGAGUGGAUCAUUUCAGAUUUGGCAUGCCAAGCAUAUUCGCUGCCUAACACUGCUCUUUACGAGACUUUAGGGCCAGAUACAUCGCAAUACAUCCUGAAUAUUACCAACUCCCCUGUUCUUAUUUUAUCCAAGAGCAAUUUGUACAAGGUACUGGCGAUUCUUUCCAACCUCAAUGACUUGAGUACGCUUAUUUGCAUGGAUGAUUUGAGCUCGGAUGAACUUGCUCAUCUAAAUGGGCCAUUGCUAGCGGGAUCAAUAAAUCAGCGGGGAGAGCGCGUAUCGGUUUUGACCUUCAAACAAGUAGAGGAGAUUGGCUUCGACAACCAAGUGCCAAUCAUUCCACCGACUGCCGACUCUCUGUACACUAUAUCCUUCACAUCCGGUACUACUGGUACUCCUAAAGGAGUUUUGCUAAACCAGAGUCAUCUUAUGGCUGGAGUCACAUUUUUACUGUCCAAUAUCGGAAUUCCGCCUACUAAGAAUGGGAAACAGCCAUACGAUAUGUGUUUCUUGCCACUCGCACAUAUUUUUGAACGCAUGAUUGCUGCUUAUGAAUUAGCGGUAGGUGCGGCUCUUGGGUUUUUGCACGUAGCGGACCCCGCUGUUCUAAUCGAAGAUUUGAGGGUAUUGAAGCCUGACUUUUUUUGUGUGGUACCGCGCGUACUCACGAAACUCGAAGCAGGUAUAAAAAAUGCUGUUCAAGGUGCCACAGUGCCGAAUUUUACAAAGCUAGUUGCACGAAAGGUUCUUGACAAAAGGCUUGUGACCAUUCAGAGUCGUGAGGGCCCGGACAAUUCAAUUUUGAAUCACUUGGUUUAUCGCAAAAUCCUCAUCGACAAGAUCCGAGCUUCCGUUGGCCUCAGUGAGGCCUCCUUCAUUGUCAUUGGAUCUGCUCCCAUAUCUAGCGACACACUCAUGUUCAUGAAAAGUGCCCUAGAUUGUGGGGUGAGACAGGGUUAUGGGUUGACCGAGACGUUCGCAGGUGUUUGUCUUUCUGAACCACAUGAGCGGGACUCGGGAACAUGUGGUGCAAUCGCCAUUACUACAGAAUGUAGACUGAGGUCAGUGCCUGAGAUGGGGUACGAUGCCGAACAUGACUUGAGAGGCGAGGUACAAGUUCGCGGGUCCCAGGUUUUUGCAGGGUAUUUCAAAAAUCCCGACACAACUAAAGAAGUUUUGGACGGUGAAGGUUGGUUCUCAACGGGGGACAUCGGAUAUAUCGACUCAAGGGGCCGCUUGAGUAUUAUUGACAGAGUGAAAAACUUCUUCAAGCUUGCUCAAGGCGAAUACAUUGCUCCCGAGAAAAUUGAGAACAUAUACAUAUCGUCAUGUCCCUACCUUACCCAGAUAUGUGUUUAUGGAGACCCAUUGAAAACGUUUCUAGUAGCAAUUGUGGGUUUGGAUCUGGAGGCGAUAACAUCAUUCCUUCACCAGGCGGUUCCAGGUUUGAGAAUAUUUCAUGGCGAAAAUCUUAUAAAUGCAUUAAAUGACAAACCUGAGUACAGAAAGGAGCUUUUGAAAAUGAUGAACAGUUUCGUUCGCGGUCUUCAAGGAUUUGAAAGGGUCAACAAUAUCUACGUAGGUGUUGAGCCACUUAAAGUCAGUGAUGACACGAUCACACCCACGUUAAAGGUCAAGAGGGCGAAGGCUACAAAAAAAUAUGAGAACGUUUUGAAGGCUCUAUACGAAGAAGGAUCUCUCAUCAAAGCAGAAAAGUUGUGA